CUUUGUACUUCACUGGGUCUGGGUUGGUGGUGACUGGCUGGGUGGGUCCAGAACUGGCUGCCAUCCUGACACGUCUCAGAGCUGCAAGCAGGUACUGCCAGUCAGCCACCAUGGCCUCUCGGCUUCUGGGGCUGGCAGAAGAGUCUGGCCCAAGUCCCGGGGAGUCUGAAUUGGCUGUGAACCCCUUUGAUGGGCUCCCAUUCUCUUCCCGCUACUACGAGCUGCUUGAGCAGCGCCGGGCCUUACCCAUCUGGGCUUCUCGCUUUAUCUUCAUGGAGCAAUUGGAGAGUAGCCCCUCUGGAGUGGUGCUGAUGUCUGGAGAGCCUGGCUCUGGCAAGAGCACCCAGAUCCCUCAGUGGUGUGCAGAGUUUGCAUUGGCCAGGGGGUUCCAGGAAGGCCAAGUAACUGUCACUCAGCCCUACCCUCUGGCCGCCCAGAGCCUGGCCCUGCGGGUUGCCGAUGAGAUGGACCUAACCCUGGGUCAUGAGGUUGGAUACAGCAUUCCCCAGGAGGACUGCACUGGGCCGGACACCCUGCUCAGGUUUUGCUGGGACAGGCUGCUUCUACAGGAGGUGGCCUCAACCCGAGGCACAGGAGCCUGGGGCGUGCUGGUGCUGGAUGAGGUGCAGGAGCGGUCAGUGGCCUCGGAUUUGCUCCAGGGGCUACUUCGAAAUGCCAGGCUGGGAAACCUUCCAGGGGACUCGAGAGUGGUUGUGGUUACUGACCCUGCCCUUGAACCUAAGCUCCAAGCCUUCUGGGGCAAUCCUCCUAUUGUGCGUGUACCCAGAGGGCCUGGUGCGUGUCCCACUCCUGUAUACAAGGACGCUGUCCCUACUGAUCGAGUGGAAGCUGCCUGCCAAGCUGUGCUUGAAUUGUGUACGAAGGAGACUCCAGGAGAUGUGCUAGUAUACCUGCCCAGUGAGGAGGAAAUUUUGCUGUGCUGUGAAUCCUUGUCCAGGGAGAUUGAGCCCUUGGCUCUCAGAGGUCCUCCACCACGAGUCCUGCCCCUUCACCCAGGACAUGGUCCAGCCAUCCAGGCUGCAUAUGAGGACACAGACUUGGGUGCCAGAAAGGUUGUGGUCACUCACUGGCUGGCUGACUUCUCCUUCUCCCUCCCUUCCAUCCGACAUGUCAUUGACUCAGGACUGGAGCUUCGAAGUGUGUACAAUCCUCAGAUCCGAGCAGAAUCCCAAGUGUUGAGACCAAUCAGCAAGUGUCAGGCAGAGGCGAGAAGACUUCGGGCAAGAGGGGUCCCUCCAGGAUCCUGCCUCUGCCUGUAUCCUAAGUCCUUCCUAGAACUAGAGGCGCCUCCACUGCCCCCACCCAGGGUGUGUGAGGAGAAUCUGAGCCCCCUGGUGUUACUAUUAAAGAGGAGACAGAUUGCAGAGCCAGGGGAAUGUCACUUCCUGGACCGGCCUGCUCCAGAAGCACUGAUGCAGGCCCUAGAAGACUUAGACUAUCUGGCAGCUCUGGAUGAUGAAGGGAACCUGUCAGACCUGGGAAUCAUCCUAUCAGAGUUCCCCCUGCCCCCUGAGCUGGCCAAAGCCCUGCUGGCCUCCUGCGAGUUUGACUGUGUGGAUGAGAUGCUCACCCUCGCUGCCAUGCUCACUGCUGCCCCUGGGUUCACCCAUCCUCCACACUGUGCGGAAGAAGCUGCCUUGCGCCGAGCCCUGGAACACACAGAUGGGGACCACAGUUCUUUGAUCCAAGUGUAUGAAGCCUUUAUACAGAGUGGAGCGGACAAGGCUUGGUGCCAGGCUCGGGGGCUAAACUGGGCAGCAUUGUGCCAAGCCCGAAAACUUCGAGGUGAACUCCUAGAACUCAUGCAACGAAUUGAACUUCCCUUGUCCCAGCCAGCCUUUGGCUCUGAGCAGAAUCGCAGAGACCUUCAGAAAGCACUGGUGUCAGGAUACUUCCUUAAGGUGGCCCGAGACACAGAUGGGACUGGAAAUUACCUGCUCCUAACACAUAAGCAUGUGGCCCAGCUCUCCCCAUACUGCUGUUACCGAAGCCGCCGGGCUCCAGCUAGACCUCCACCAUGGGUGCUUUACCACAAUUUCUCCAUUUCCAAAGACAACUGCCUUUCCAUUGUUUCUGAGAUUCAACCACAAAUGCUGGUGGAGUUGGCCCCUCCAUACUUCCUUAGUAACUUGCCUCCCAGUGAGAGCAGAGACCUCUUGAACCAGCUGAGAGAAGAAAUGGCAGAUUCUUCAAUAGAGAGUGAAUCCCCCUCCACCCAAGAGUUUGGAGAUGCCUGUGUCCUGCAGUGAUCUGCCUAAGGAACAGAACUGAACUCAUCUCAAGGCAUUAGACCCUCCCUCAGGCUAGCACCAAGGCAGCCAGAUUUAGAAGACCAAAGGUUAGGGUCAAAUGUAAAUCCUGGGACCUGAGACUCAAGAAGUGGUGGACCAAGAGUGGAGGGAAUUGGGUAAGCCACAGUAUACAUAAGGUUGGACCCUUUCCUUAGCCUUCUUCUAUUUAUUGGAGAGUGACUGACAUGUCACCACCAAGCCCCCAACUUAUGCCAAACCCGCCUUUUGUGCUUUGUUUUGUCUGAUAAAAGUUAUUUCUCUAUA